AUGUUGUGUGUGGCAGUCUUGCUUCUUGCAAGCGCCCUCGGGAGUGCAGCUACUCCAGCUCCUUCCCUACCAACAGUGGACCUGGGCUAUGAACUGCACCAGGCAACUUACAAUGAGUCUGGACAAUACUACAACUUCUCCAAUGUGCGCUACGGUGCGCCUCCGCUCGGGAAGUUGCGCUUUUCUGCUCCUCAAGCUCCUAGUACGAAUGGCACCAAGGUAUUCAACAACGGAUCUAGAGCUGUGACCUGCUUCCAGGUAUUACCAGCCUGGGCGAUUUAUUCUGCAGACUGGAUUGCCAAUGGCACAGCUGCUUUUAAUAUCUCCGCAGGUUAUCAGGUCCCCAAACUCGCUUCAACGCCACCAUUUGAUCCGACGGCCACGGAAGACUGUUUGUUCCUUGAUGUGAUGGUACCGCGAGCUAUUUUUGAAGCGGCUGGUCAAGGCCCAGGGGCACCAGUAAUGGUGUGGAUUCACGGGGGAGGAUAUACGCUCGGAUCUAAGACACUCUAUAGCCCAUCUGCUGCAGGGCUCAUCAAGGCUAGCCAAAGUCAAGGCAGGAAGGGCAUAAUCUGGGUAGCAAUGAACUAUCGCCUUGGAGCUUUCGGCUUUCUAUCUGGUCCAACAUUCCAAGAAUCUGGAACAGCAAACGCAGGUCUUCACGAUCAGCGCCUAGCGCUCGAAUGGGUGCAGCAACACAUCGCCAAGUUUGGCGGAAAUCCGAACCAAGUGACAGUGAUUGGAGAAUCAGCUGGAGGCGGCAGCACGAUGCACCAAAUCACGGCAUUUGGUGGCUUGCAGGGCAAGGUACCUUUUCAGCAAGCCAUAGUCCAGAGUCCUGGGUUUCAGAUGUCGCCUAGCGUUACAUUGCAAGAAGCCAUCUACAGCCACUUCUUGGCUAUUGCAGGAAUCAACACACUCGAAGACGCACGAAAUCUGUCUACGGAAGCACUUGCACUCGCCAACUACAAGCUUGUUGGGGGGUCAAGCCCCUACGGCACAUUCACUUUCAACCCUGUCGUUGACGGGGCCUUUGCCCCAGAUCUCCCUGGCCAGCUUCUUCUUCACGGAGGGUUCGACAAAUCUCUGAAGAUUAUGGCUGGCCAUAACCUCAACGAAGGUCUCGGAUUCAUGGAUCCUUUCGCCCAAAGUGAAACCGUCUUUGAAGCCGACCUUCGCAUAUACUUCCCCACCAUUACCGACGCCACUGUCAACUACAUCUCCCACACACUGUAUCCGCCUGUCUUCGACGGUUCUGCUGGUUAUACCACGCCCACAGGGCGAAGCGAGUUGAUGAUCACAGAGGCGUUCUUCACAUGCAGUACCAACUUCUUGGCUCGCGCGUACAACAACAAUGUGUUCAAUUACAUAUUCAGUGUUCCACCAAGCCUUCACGGAGAUGACAUUUCAUAUACAUACUACAAUGGUCCAAACCCCUUGGUCAAGAAUGACACGUUGGCGGUCAUCAUGCAGAGGUACUUCACGAACUUUGUCAUGACGGGCAAUCCGAAUGCAGCAGGAUUGCCGCCUUUCCCAACAUAUGGGGCGACUACCACAGUGCAAAACCUGAAUCUGACGAAGAUUGGGCCAAUGAAGGACAACGCUGCAAAUGAGAGGUGUAUGUGGUGGCAAAAGGGACUGUAUGCAUGA